CUUCUCAGACACCGUUCCUGAUAUCCUGUCGGAUACAUAUCGCUCGGCGUCAAUUGGCCUCAAGGCUAUAGAUUGGGAUAUCUAAACGCAGCGGUGCCCUUUUUGCCAGGAUAUCCCCUGUCCACACCGGAGUUGUCUGGCUGACAUUCACUAUGUUCUCCGCAAAAACCUCUGGGCCCUCGACUGGCGGUCUCUUCGGUGGUUCUUUAUUGUGAGUUUGUUUUCCUUCUGAUCUGUUUGCUAUUUGCAAGCUUUACUUGAUAUGGACAGAUCUCUCGAUCCCUCUUUUCACUUGGCUCUCACUAUUUCUUUCUACCUGCUGCAUGCCCCCAAAGGAGACAGGCAUUCUGGGUUCAUCUGAAGCUGCGCUGAAUACACUUACCUUGGUUUUUUAUUUUCGCAUAUUUGCUAAGAAGCUAUGGCAUCGGACAGUGGCAACUCGAAUACACAAGCCUCGCCCUCUCUAUCCACACCCGCGACGGCGAACACUUCUGGAAGCACGGGAGGUCUUUUCUCCAAUCUCGGAUCAAACACACAGUCUAAGCCAUCUGGCGGGUUAUUUGGAAAUGCGGGCGCUACUACGCAGUCUUCUGGUACAAGUAUGUUCGGGUCUCUAGGUGGACAGCAGCAAAAUACCGCGACAAGUGGCGGCGGUGGUCUAUUUGGAAGCUCGACGACAGCUGCUUCGCAGCCGCAGUCAUCGGGUCUAUUUUCAGGACUCGGUGGGGGGAACAAAACUACACAGGGCGGGACUGGCGGUGGUCUUUUCUCGGGCCUAUCUGGCACUUCAACCCAGACGCAGUCUAAGCCACUCUUUGGCACCUCGACGACAGCCGGUGGAGGACUCUUUAGAAAUCAAGGUGCAUCGCAACAGCAGCAGCAACAGGCCCAGAAACCUUCACUUUCGGUAUUCGGAGAUAAGCAAACCGGAACUAAGCCGGCCCAGCAGCAGACUACGGCAGGCCAGACUGUGAUUCCCGGCGUCAAAGUUGAUACGAGAGAUCUCCUGCCAACGACGAAAUACGAGAGCUGCGUAGAUGAGGUCAAGAGAGACAUCGAAGCUGUGGAUACCUUCAUCCUGAACCAGAUUAAAAUGUGCAACGAGUUGGCGGACAUACUGCCCACGAUUGACAGCCAAGGUGCCAGCAUCCCCAACGAUGUUGAGUUUGUCCAGGGCAAGCUAGAGACUAUGCAACGUGCACUUGAAAAUGACGCAGCCGAUAUUGAUCAGGUGCGUGAUCUGGUUGCCCGCGAUGCAGCGGAGGCGCAAGUUGCAUUCCGAGCUAUCGACACCUUGAAGCUGCCGUUGCAGUACCAGACUGCAGAUCAGACCCUGGCCGAUCGGCCGUACGCACGGUCGACGCGGAAGAACACGCUGGCGCUCCCGGACGAUGUGGAAAGUGACCCGACGACGGCCGAGUCGAUUAACGGAGUGCCCGUCAACCUUGUUGAGUACUUCUCCCAGCGAUCCGAUGAGAUGGGCUCAGUUCUAGAGCGGUAUCAACGGAACCUCAAGGAGAUCGAAGGGCACCUCUCAGCCGUAGAACACACGCUGAGCCAGCAGAUCUACGAGUUUUUUGCGAAGAGCACGGACGGGGCAGCAGGCAGUACGGGCGCUCCCCGAUCGGCGUUUGGGGAACUAGUCGGAGCGCUCCGAGACGUGGAGAUUGGUAUCCUGGGCGUUGCGAAUAGGCUGGCAGGGGUGAAGGACCAGUCGCAGGAGGUGAUGUUUGGACCACCGUCGCUGGGGGCUAGCCGACUCAACGUGUAAUGAUGAUGAUGACUGCCUGUGUUGAAAGAUUCCCCUUGCUUCUUGUACGAUAGAUAGGACGUUGGGAGUUUGUGAAUGUAUCUCGGGAUCUACAGAUGAGUAAUAAUCGAUCAUAGCGCAACCUCCUGCAGGCAUUGCAUCAUCUGCGAUAUCACUUUAUUUCGGCCUCAGUAUUACUACUACUACUAUUACCA